CGCCGGCGCGGACUGAUGAUGUCACCACCACUUCCGGUCCCUCGCGCUUCGCUCCGGCCCGAGCCAGCAUGAUCCGCUGGGCCCCCAGCGCAUCGCCGGGAAGAGCCCACUCAUCCUGGACCCACCCUUCAGCAGCCUCAGACCGUCCUUGAGGAGGAUGACUGAGACAUUAUGGGCCACGCACUGUGUGUCUGCUCUCGGGGAACUGUCAUCAUUGACAAUAAGCGUUACCUCUUCAUCCAGAAACUGGGGGAGGGUGGGUUCAGCUAUGUGGACCUAGUGGAGGGGUUACAUGAUGGACACUUCUACGCCCUGAAGCGAAUCCUGUGUCACGAGCAUCAGGACCGGGAGGAGGCCCAGCGAGAAGCGGACAUGCAUCGCCUCUUCCACCACCCCAACAUCCUUCGCCUCGUGGCUUACUGUCUGAGGGAGCGGGGUGCCAAACAUGAGGCCUGGCUGCUGCUACCCUUCUUCAAGAAAGGUACACUGUGGGAGGAGAUAGAGCGGCUGAAGGACAAAGGCAGCUUCCUGACUGAGGAGCAGAUCCUUCAGCUGCUGCUGGGCAUCUGCAGAGGCCUUGAGGCCAUUCACACCAAGGGCUAUGCCCACAGGGAUCUGAAACCCACCAAUAUCUUGCUUGGAGAUGAGGGGCAGCCAGUUUUAAUGGACUUGGGGUCCAUGAAUGAGGCAUGCAUCCACGUGGAGAGCUCCCGCCAGGCCCUGACCCUGCAGGACUGGGCAGCCCAGCGGUGCACCAUCUCCUACCGGGCCCCGGAGCUCUUCUCAGUGCAGAGCCAUUGUGUCAUCGAUGAGCGGACUGAUGUCUGGUCCCUAGGCUGUGUGCUGUAUGCCAUGAUGUUUGGGGAAGGCCCUUACGACAUGGUGUUCCAGAAGGGUGACAGUGUGGCCCUUGCUGUGCAGAACCAGCUCAGUAUCCCGCAAAGUCCCAGGUACUCUUCAGCGUUGCGGCAGCUGCUGGCCUCGAUGAUGACUGUGGACCCCCAGCAGCGCCCUCACAUUCCUCUCCUCCUCAGUCAGUUGGAGGCCCUGCAGCCCCCAGCUCCUGACCAGCACACUACCCAAAUCUGAAGACCAGUGGCCAUGUUGAAGUGGCUUCUUGUGCCUUGGAAAAGGGGCUCCAUUCCUCACCGGACGCAUCAUCAGUCCUUUCCCGGACUUUCUUACAGUUUAGGGUAGGGGGCUGGGGAAAGUCACCCCAGUCCUGCAUCUGCUCUUCUGCCCUCGUAGCUGCAGGAGCAACACCUGGGCAAGGAGCCUGAGGGUAGGGUGCAGGAAAGGGAAACCGAGGGCAUGUGGUGGAUGGCUCUGAGCGGGUCGCUGAGCUCACAUCAUGUUCUGUCUCCACAUGGGGGCAGGAGAGUGUGUAAACAAUAAAGUGGAAGCAGGUCAGUGCGGA